AUGCAAAUCAUCUUGUAUAGUAUAAUAAUAAUAAGAUUUAUUUAAGAAAUAGAUAAAAAGCAAAACUAUGAAGUAUUUGGUUAUGUAACUUCAUCAAAUAUAAGAUUUUUAUUAUUAACGUAUCAAGACGAAGAAAGAAUGAAUAUAUUUUGUUAAUUGCCAUAUGAAUGA